CGUUAGUGGUCACUAGGGGCGCCGUCUCGAGCGUGUUUUCCCGCGCGGUGCAUUGUGGGCCGCCGGAGGAGCGCAGGGUCAGACAGACGCGAUCAUGGCCGCCGUGUGUUUCUCCUUGAGCCGCUGCUGCGCCGCCGGGCACCGAGCCUCGGUCACGGCGGUGCGCUUCGCUCAGACGGCGUCCGCGGUGCAGCCCAGGAUCAAGACCUUCCAGAUCUACCGCUGGGAUCCGGACCGCGCCGGGGACAAGCCUCGCAUGCAGACCUACGAGAUCGACCUGAACACCUGCGGGCCCAUGGUUCUGGACGCUCUCAUCAAGAUCAAGAACGAGAUGGACGGCACGCUGACCUUCAGGCGCUCCUGCAGAGAGGGGAUCUGCGGGUCGUGUGCCAUGAACAUCAACGGAGGAAACACUCUGGCCUGUCUGAACAAAAUCGACACGAACACCGGCAAGGUGACGAAGAUCUACCCGCUGCCGCACAUGUACGUGGUGAAAGACCUGGUGCCGGACAUGAGUAACUUCUACGCUCAGUACAAGUCCAUCGAGCCCUACCUGAAGAAGAAGGACGAGUCCAGACAGGGCCAGGAGCAGUACCUGCAGAGCGUGGAGGACCGGCAGAAACUGGUAGCUGAUGAGCCCGGACACGACGGGCUGUACGAGUGUAUCCUGUGCGCCUGCUGCAGCACCAGCUGUCCCAGCUACUGGUGGAACGCAGACAAGUACCUGGGUCCAGCCGUGCUCAUGCAGGCGUACCGCUGGAUGAUCGACUCUCGUGAUGAAUACACCGAGGAGAGGCUCUCCAAGCUGCAGGACCCCUUCUCUCUGUACCGCUGUCACACCAUCAUGAACUGCACCAGAACCUGCCCGAAGGGCCUGAAUCCAGGCAAAGCCAUCGCAGAGAUCAAGAAGAUGAUGGCCACCUACAAAGAGAAGAAGACUGCGUCUGCGUGAAGAUGGACAGUCCUGUGAAGACCAGCAGCUCUCUCACACACACACACACACACACACUCUUCCACACACACUCUAGACAGGACACAGAUCAUAUGAUAUUUCUGCUCAUCACUCCAUAAAGAGACGUGUUUGUUGUUUCAGAGUUUGUCUGGAGAUCUGUAUAUUCAAUAAAUAAAUGCUUGUAGAGCAAGGUUUUCUUCAGCAGUCAGAAGAGUCUUGUCUCAUGUUAAAAUAAUAAUAAAGUGAUUAUAAAUGCAA